AUGCAGUCUCUGGCAGAGGAGAUUCACAGUUUUCCUCGGAGUCGUCUGAGGAUGCAGUGCACCCGGGUCACUUCACUCAGUGGACACCGCAUCAUUGAGACCUGGAAAGGCUCUACAGUUAGCGUAGUAGAGGACCAGACUUCCUCAGAGAAGACUCUGGGUUAUGUCCCGGACACAUCCUGGGACCUGCAGGUUGGCAUCAUCAAACCCUACCUGCUGCUGGGUUCCCAAGAUGCAGCCCAUGACUUUGGAACUCUAAGAAAGUACAAGGUGUCACAUGUCCUGAAUGUGGCUUACGGGGUGGAGAACGUCUUUCCAGAACUCUUCGUCUACAAGAACGUCAGGAUCCUGGACCUGCCGGACUCUGACCUCACAUCUCACAUCACAGAGUGUUCCUCGUUCAUCCAACAGGCACACAACGAGAAAGGAGUGGUUUUGGUCCAUUGCAACACAGGUGUUUCACGGGCAGCAGCUGUGGUGAUUGGCUACCUGAUGUCAUGCGAUGGACAGCCCUUUGAUGCUGCCUUCUCAUUGGUUAAGAGAGCUCGACCUACAUCCUGUCCGAACCCUGGCUUCCUGGAACAGUUGAGGAACUACAAAGCAUCAGUGCUCAAAUGA